AUGAGCGCGGGCAGCACGGAGCGAAGGCAGCGCAUCCGCGCGCAGCUGCGUGAGUUCUACGGCGACCCCGCCGCGGCUCGCGAGAAGCGGCCGGUGGAGGGCGGCAAGGCCGGUGUGCCGCCCGAGUUGGACCUCGACUCGGAGUUCUUCAACGUGAGUAAGUACAUCACGGACCUCCUGCGCCGCGAGAGCCUCAAGGGGCUUGUCGAGACGGACACACAGCUGCUACGCACCGUGCGACAGCUCGACGGGGAGCUGCAGGAGCUGGUGUACCGAAACUACGCCAAGUUCAUCUCUGCCACCGACACGAUCCGUGAAAUGCGUGACAAUGUCACCGAGAUGGACGCCAAGCUGCAGGCGCUCUCGAGCAAUGUGGAUAACAUCGACCAGGUGUCGAAGGGCAUCAGUGAAAAGCUGCAGGCGCACUGCAGUCGCAUUGAGGAAAUGAUCACCACCAACCGCAUGCUGCGGAAGGUGCAGUUCCUCGUCGACCUCGCCGACACGAUGCGGCGACUCAUUGAGCGGCGCGAGUACGGCGCGUGUGCGAAGCACUGGAUCAUCGGCGACUCUUUCUUCGCCAAGCACGCACACCUCUCGAGCAUUUCUAAGAUCCACGACGAGUGCAGAGGGCUGGCGCGGCAGCUCUACAACCAGCUACAGGAGACGGUGUGCACCGCCUCCCUCGACGACCCCGAGGCGAUGGACGUCAUCCGCUGCGUCGUGGAGGACAUGCGUCUCCUGCGCGCCACCUCUCUCUUCCCUGGCGAAGCAGAAGCAGGACAGAAGAGGAAAGAUGGCGCGACGACUCUCUCGUCCUUCGAGGCAGACAUCCUGAAAACGUUGAUGAAGAACGUCAGCGCGAGCUUCACGGCGGGCAUCCAAGGCGUAAACAGCGCAAUUCGGUCCGCCCUCGCGGUGCCAAACUUUGCCGCGAUGGAACGCGCACGCUGGGGAGAUGCGCUGCAGCAUGCCCAUCUGCAGGAGGCGCUGGCACAGCUGAAGAGCAUAUGUGCCCUCUUUUACUCCAACAGCGAGCGUGUGUAUAGCCUGUUUAAGCGCGAGAGCGAUGCCACCGUCUCCCUGCGCAUCGUAGAGGAAGUACAGCCGGUUCUCAUUGAGGUCAUGACACCUAUCACUGUCCAUAUGAGCGAGCUACUGAUCGCCGUCGUUGACGCCGUCGGAAAUGACGGCGAGGGUGCAAUGCAGACACCCGCCACGGUGAAGAAUAGUAUUGAUGGGAUUUUCACUGCCUUGGCAAAGCACCUAAAGUACUACGCUGGUACGCUGAAGACACUGGGCGUCAACUACCUCGACAACGCCCACAGUCAGCAGAGCCGGCAGUAUGCGGCGCUGGUGGAUCAAUCCGUGUUGGAUAUCUUUCAGCGUUUGUUGACGGUGUUAGAGGCAAAAGUGACAGAGGGACCAAGCGAGCCCGUAACCAUCAUGUGCGGUGGUGCCGCGACGGAGGCAGUGUACCAGCAGCUGCUGCGAUUUGCCAUCACACGGUUUGUCUUUGGCAGCGCUGCCACUGCCGCUGACAUGGUUGGAAUCACCACCCUCAUCAACACCGACACGCUAAUGUCGGUGGAUGCCGCUGGGACGCGGAAGCGCUGCAACAGCGUGGCGCGGGCUCUUGCGCAUCGCGGCAUUGUUCUCCUGGGGCAGUUGCACCUGAGAUGGGUCACCGCGUCGUGGUGCCUGGUGGACGCGGUCGACCCAACAUCCUCCGCGGCAGCCCAACACCACGGCGUUGCGCCGUGCCUGUGCGAACUCGUGCAGCAGCUCGGUGUCAUCUACAGUGUGCUGCAGGGGGGCAUCUUGGCCGGUGGAAGAAGUGGCGGUGCCCCUUCGAAGGAGGGGCGGAGCGUGGACAGCAUACGUGGCGGCUCGAUGCACUUUACAGGGGGCGGUAGUGGUCGUAGCAGUGGGCGCAGUGGACCGACGAAGUUGGCUGUGACCUUCACACGGCAGAGCGGAGAUGCACUGCAGAGCAGCGUGGAACGCAUUUUUUCAAAACAGUCUAACAUCAACGCCUCGGUACGAACCCUUCCACGGGAAAUUCGGUCCGCCACCGUGCUGGGCGCUGUGGUGGUGUAUUUGCUCAAGGGUAUUGUCGAGUACGUGCGGCAGCAGACCUACACACGCAACGGCUUCCAAUGUAUGCAAAUCACUUGUACCUUUCUCCUCCACGUUCUCACGCCGCCACUAGCGUCGGCAUCCUUCUCAGCGAGGGAGGAGACACCGGUGGCCUUACUGGAGGAAUGGAUGCAUGAUUGCAAUGACGAUAGUCUCUUGCGUAUGGUGCCGCUCCUCCUCAAUGAGUGUUGCACAUGUGCGUAUGAGCGUUGCCAUGAUAAAGUUCCGCUGACGGGAGUGGUGGUGGAGAAAUUAGUCAAGUCUGCCAUCAAGGCGAUGAGGAACUCGACGCUGUCUUAA